CGGGGAGAGCGAGGCGGGGCCGCCGGGGCCGCCAUGGAGCCCGACUCGGUGAUUGAGGACAAGACCAUCGAGCUCAUGUUACCGAAGUGCAUGUUUGGGAUUUUGUUGAAGAAAGCUGGAUACAGUAAACGGAAAGAAUCUUGGAAGCUGCUUGACUGCUGUCUUUUCUCAGACUAGUCUGAAAGGGAAUACCCCCAUUCAUUCUGGAUUGGUGGAUCUGAAGUACAAAAUAUUUUCCAGAACACUUCAGUUAUGGAGGAUCAAAAUGAAGAUGAGUCCCCCAAGAAAAAUACUCUUUGGCAGAUAAGUAAUGGAACAUCGUCUGUGAUCGUCUCCAGAAAGAGGCCAUCAGAAGGAAACUAUCAAAAAGAAAAAGACUUGUGUAUUAAAUACUUUGACCAGUGGUCUGAAUCAGAUCAAGUGGAAUUUGUGGAGCACCUUAUUUCCCGAAUGUGUCAUUACCAGCAUGGACAUAUUAACUCGUACCUGAAGCCCAUGUUGCAGCGGGACUUCAUUACCGCUUUACCAGAGCAAGGCUUAGAUCACAUAGCAGAAAACAUUCUUUCCUACCUGGAUGCCAGGUCUCUGUGUGCAGCAGAGCUGGUAUGUAAAGAAUGGCAGCGAGUGAUCUCUGAAGGGAUGCUUUGGAAGAAGCUGAUUGAACGCAUGGUGCGCACUGACCCUCUGUGGAAGGGACUUUCAGAAAGAAGAGGGUGGGAUCAGUACCUGUUUAAAAACAGACCCACAGAUGGCCCUCCCAAUUCAUUUUAUAGGUCGUUAUACCCAAAGAUUAUCCAGGAUAUAGAGACUAUAGAAUCUAACUGGCGAUGUGGACGACACAACUUGCAGAGGAUUCAGUGCCGCUCUGAAAAUAGUAAAGGUGUCUACUGUUUACAGUACGAUGAUGACAAAAUUAUCAGUGGGCUACGAGACAAUUCUAUUAAGAUUUGGGACAAAACCAGCCUGGAAUGUUUGAAAGUGUUGACAGGGCACACGGGCUCCGUCCUUUGUCUCCAGUAUGAUGAACGUGUCAUUGUGACCGGCUCCUCAGACUCUACAGUGAGAGUCUGGGAUGUGAACACGGGCGAGGUUCUGAACACGCUAAUCCACCACAACGAGGCUGUACUGCACUUACGCUUCAGCAACGGGCUGAUGGUGACCUGCUCCAAGGACCGCUCCAUCGCUGUGUGGGACAUGGCUUCCGCCACCGAUAUCACUUUACGCCGUGUCCUGGUUGGCCACCGUGCUGCUGUCAAUGUAGUAGACUUUGAUGAUAAGUACAUCGUGUCUGCCUCUGGUGACAGAACCAUUAAAGUCUGGAGCACGAGUACCUGUGAAUUUGUUCGUACCCUGAAUGGGCACAAGCGAGGCAUUGCCUGUCUCCAGUACAGGGACCGGCUGGUUGUUAGUGGAUCAUCAGAUAAUACCAUCAGGCUAUGGGACAUUGAGUGUGGCGCCUGUUUAAGAGUCCUAGAGGGACACGAAGAACUGGUGCGAUGUAUCCGGUUUGACAACAAGAGGAUCGUCAGUGGGGCCUAUGACGGGAAAAUUAAAGUUUGGGACUUGCAAGCUGCUCUCGACCCUCGAGCCCCAGCAAGCACGUUGUGCCUGCGCACAUUGGUGGAACAUUCGGGACGUGUGUUUCGGCUACAGUUUGAUGAAUUUCAGAUCAUCAGCAGCUCUCACGAUGACACUAUUUUGAUUUGGGAUUUCUUAAAUGUGCCUCCCAGUGCCCAGAAUGAGACCCGUUCUCCCUCCAGAACAUACACUUACAUCUCCAGAUAACAGUCUGCACUUUGCCCGUGUCAGGGUUUCCUAUUCUUGAACUACUGGCUACAUGGCUACCAAAUGCCUGUGGGAGUUCUUCACAGCUGAGCUAUGAAGCUGGAAUUGGUUCUAGACGCUGGGUAGAUGCAAAGCAGCCUAACUCUUCAAGUACCGACAUUUCUCACCUCUGAUUCCGGCCUCCACUCUGAGAAGGACACUUAGCUGCAGCGACUUCCAGUUGGACCGAAGCCCACACCCUCCCCCACCCGUGAGAAACCCAACGCUUCAGAUGUAAACUGUUCAUUAAAGGAACACAUGGUCUGUUUUCUAGAAGUAAAUCGACAGUCAAGAGAAGACUUGGCCUCUAAUUUAUAUCGCUUUGCACUUUGGUCUGAUGCUAAGAAACAGCAUUCUUUGGUGAAGUUUUGGGUGCCAAACACCUACCCAGAAUGUCCAGGGCUUUCCUUUCCAGAAGUUUCCUUUUGACUGUCCACGUCAUUCUGAAUCCUGACUUGUAUUAGGAAUAUGUUGGACAACGGAAAAUUUUAUCUGGAUUGUUUUAGUAAUAUUUUUUGAAUUAUUUCUUUCUGUACCAUUUCUCUUAAUUUAAAGAACUGUAAGCCAGGUUAUAUUAUCUCCCAACAGGUAAUGUAGCUCUUUUCUUUAUUAACUGUUCUUUGUACCCCAACUAUCUCCUGAUAUCUGGUGGAGUAACAAACACCUUCACACAUGUGCUUGCCUCCUAAUUUAAAAUACUGUACUCGCAUGUAGCUGUAGUGUACAUAACAGUCUAACCUCAAGGUUGCUGGAGUCGGGCCCCGUGCCUGAGACACUAAUACAGAGUGUGUUCGCACUUAGCCAUGGGCUGGGCUCAAGAACCUGACACCAGGGUUGAUGUGGAUGACCUAGAACCCUUCCUGCAGUAUUCAUAGGGUGUUUUUAUUUUGUCAUUGUCGUGUGUGUGUGUGUGCGUGUGUGUGUGUGUGUGUAAUGGGAAUCUUGUUUUAAAAUGGAAUUUCUAAAAUUUAACACAGAACGUUUUAUUUGUUGUGCAGUGUAUAUAAUAGAGAGGUACCGGGAACUUUUGUUCUUUUCCUCUUGAGUACUGGUGGUCCCUCCUGCAGCAUUCAUUUGACUUCACUGUCAGCCCUGAUCCUGUGCGUUGGUCACCCUGGGCGGGGAGAACAAGAAGGCCCCGCUGACUGGCCCUAGAGCACACGCGUCCUGGCCGUGUGUGGGAGCCCGCGUGCCGUGCAGGCUGGUUCCGAGGCCUGUCUUGGGUGGAAGGUACUUCUACGUGGUGCAAAGCCUCAGAGUCAUGACUCCCAUCCCCGUCAUCUCCAGUGUCAUUUGCUGCUUGUGGCCCUGGCAGGUUCACGAAGCCCCCGAGUGGGCGGGCGGCUCUGUCAUGUGACUGUGCGUGGAAAGGACUUUGGCUCCCGUUGUCACUCCUUUUCCCUUGUUCAAGAUUAGGUUUUGAUUUGCCCCUAGCCAUUGUUUCCAAAGAUCAAGGACUGUCAAUAACGUUUUAAAGGACCAAUGAGAACCUCCUGUUAAUGAAACCUCUUCCCGUGGAAGCACACUCUACUACUAUGAGAAGGUCCCUGGGCUCGCUUUUGUCUUCGUGCUGGGAACGGCGUGUGGAUCAGUGUGUGUGUGAUUUGUUUAUCAGGUCAGCUUGGCUUCUUCCUUUUUUUAAUGCAUCUUUUUCUCCUACAUCACUAAAUUUCUGUUUUUGAGAAAUUGAGCCUCAAAGUGUAAAAAAAAAAAAAAAUAAGCCUCCAUUCAUAAGGUAGAUAUUGUUGUAAGUUUGCAGCGGUUGUGAAAGUGAUGUAACUUUUACCACUCUUCAUCUUACAGCGUUCCCAGCAGAGGCUGGGAGGGCCCGGGGGGCGGGGCGGGGAGGCGAUGCUGAACGAAUGGACUUUCUGUUGUUGUUUUUGCAUGUUUAAUAUAAAAGUUCUUGUUCCUUGGGAGAUCAUGGCCUUUGAAUAUGCACACAACCUUUGAAUUGUGCCUACUAAAUUAUAGCAGGGGACUUUGGCACCCAAGGAAUUCUGACUUUCUGGGAUUAUAGUAGUAAUUCCCAGACGUACUCUGGACUUUAUUUUGCUAAUACAUAAUUGAGCAACUGUAAAUUACUGCUAUAUUAAUGUUUUAAAGCACUGGGAUAGUCUAAUUCUAACUUGUAAUUAAUUAUGUUUGCCAAUUAUCUGUUUGAAAUAAAUUUGUGUCUGAACAGCUAUUGAAACUGUUAAAUUGUACAGAUAUUAUUCAUGACAGCUUUGUACUGUGGAAUGUGCUUAAUAAAAAACAAAAAGUUGA